AUGAAUACUUAUACUCAAGAAGCACAAAACAUUAGAUAUUCAACACAACAAAUACCACAACAAUUUGCGCAACAAGAACCCUACCAACAAGAAGAGUAUAGUGUUCCUCCUUCUUUGACUCAAAGUGAGCAAGACCCAAUGGUCGCUCACGCUAUAGCUCAAAACACAACUUAUAACUUCCCCACAACCCCAGACCCUUCUGUUUCAACGUACGUUGUUCCACCAUCACAGGGAUUCACUCCAUUUCAUCAAAGCUCUCACCUUCCACAGAACAAAAGAGACGAACAAAACAAUGCGACUCCCGUGGAGCAAAAAGUGCAAAGCACAUACCUUACUGAUAUGGGUUCAGUAAAAACAGAAAAUUAUGACACGAACCAAGUACAUCCUGAAAACUCGGGUUUUGUAGAAGUAAAAGAAACUCAAGGAAAUAAUCUUUCUUCUGAGCAGUACAUCGAUUUGGCGACAAAAUUAGAACAUAUUGAGACUAUACCAGAAAACGAAAUUAUGGAUGACGACGACAGCAGAGUUAUAGUGGUCAAAUUGAUGCUUGUGGGGAUAGUAUUAUACCCCAUUUACAUAGUGAUCUUUGCUCUUUUCAACAACAGCAGUGACAAGCGCGUGAGGAUUCUUUCUUUUGUGUCGAUGGGCCUCUUCUUGUUCAUGCUUAGCCUUUACAUCACACUCUUCUUCCUCUGCGUUUAUGUCUUUUAA